UGAACAGGUAUCCUAUUGUUUCCGUGAUUGAUUGACACGCCAAAACGAUCAACAGUUUGCUUCUCUGAUAUAAUCCACCAGCCACGUCUUCAGCCACAACCAAGGGAACAGGCCGCAGGCCUGGGACCAUAACAAUGAUCCGUGAUAUCCGUCUAUCCGUGCCGAGCUCUAUGGGACCAUCACACGAUAUCUCCGUCCUCGGACCACCUGGAGAGACCUUCUACGACCUUACCGUCGUGUCCGUCCACGCCAGCUCAGUUAAGGGCAAGGCGCCCCUCCCGGUCCUCGACGAGGCGGCUAAGGCAAAGACUGCGAAGUACCGCGCCUACGGAAAGGACUUCGUCCCCCUCGUCCAGUCGUCCUCUCCGUGGGAGGCCUCUGCCAGCUACAAACGGCGAAGUUCUACCGGGACCUACAAAAGAACUAUCCGGGGUCGAAUUUCCUUGACGGGCAACUCUCAAUCCUCCUAACGCGGUAUAGGACCCGCCUCUACCUCCUCUAAUCAAACUUCUUCCUCUCUUAAUACUCUCUUAAUCUUUCUUUUUUCAAAAAUUAUCCAUCUUUCUAUUUUUCUCUUAUUUCUAACCAAAAAUCCAAUUUGUAUAAUAAGUCAAUCUGCCUCGUGUAUAUAAAAUCAAUCUAGACACAACCCGUCACCCUACAAUAACACUACCUAUCCUUCCUACCUUAGGCCGCAAGGCCACAAUACACAGACUGGGCGAAGCCCAAGACUGUCACAGUACCUAGGAAUUUGCCCGUCACGCAGGGAUGCCCGCCACACAGGGAGGGAGGUUACUUAGGUUAAGUUAGUAACAUAUUCCACAAGCGAGUGGCCCAUACAAGCGAGUGGCCCAGCUCAUUUUACUAGUAAAUUCGACAAAAUUCGAUAUCAAUAUCUCAACAACC